GGGGUGACCCUUUCACUUCCCUUCAACCCAGCGGCAUCCUUUGCCCAUGGCAAAGGGUCCCAAGGGCCCGCCCAAGGGCAAAGGCAAAGGUCCCGGCUAUCCAUCAGAGGCGGAGCCCGAAGAGUUUCUUGAGCGCUACUGCCUGGGGAGGCGGAGCUUGGUGCCGAGCGGUUCAUAUCGACUGGCUGCGCAUCCCAAGAAGUCUGCGGACGGCCCUCCUCCGGUAUGCGAGGGCGAGUACUACUUCGAUGUGGCAACUGGCAAGCUUCAAGCGCAGGAUUCGUCCGCAGAGAAGAUGGAGAUCGGCUCAUUCUCCGCGGAGGUUGUGAACCUUGGGCCCAUGGAGAGGCCAGGAGAUCUGGCCCUGCCCGUGGUGAAGGUUUGCGCCUCCGAGGUCAUGAGGGAGAUGCAGAACCCGGAGAACGCCAAUGCCUUCUUCGUGCUGCCCUCGCAGUUGAACGGCGCUGAGUUCCCCUCCCACUGCUCGAUUGUGGCCAGUGUCGAGGAGUACAAGUACGACCACACAGGGGGGCCUUGCGCCCAGCUGGCGGCGCAUCCGGCCUUGGCGCAGUUCUUGCUGCACAACGCAGCGACCCACAGCAAGCCGGCAGGCAUCAAUGCGGCUCGACAGCUCGUGAGCAGUGUGAAUGCCUCGCUGCUGAACGCCGGACUCACUAGCAAGAAGCACACGUUUGAUGUUGUGAACGGCUACCUCAAAAUGCCGGUACCGGAGAGUGAUGAGGCUGCAUCCUCGGUACUGGCAGCGCUCAGCGUGCAGCUUCAAGCGGCGCAGCUGCGGCUGCUGGUGGCGUCCGAGGUGCCGGUGCUGGGUCUGACGCCUUCCAAGACCAGCUUUAGCCAGGCGACGCACCGAGUGAACCUGGUCUACGCCUCGGCGGUGCCGAUCAACGCCUACGUGAACGGCAUCGGGGCUGUGAGCAAGGGCUUCGGGGACCUGCAGCUCCAGGAGUUCCAGCGCAAAGUCGCGGAGCUCUUUCUGGUGGCGCAGCACCUGGGCGGUACUGCAGAUCCAGAUCAUUGA